AUGGAAAAGGUAAAAAAUAUUUUGAAGUUUGAUGAGAUAGCAAUAGUGGAAGCUAUGAGUAAGACAGAAGGUAUGGCCCUCAUGUGGAAAGAGGAGGUUAGGAUCAAGCAAGUUUUAAGAACUGCCUUUACUAUUGAAGCUCAAAUAGAAGAUCAGGAGAGUAGGAGUGAGUGGUGGUUUAUAGGGAUUUAUGCCAGCUUGGGAUGUAAUUGGAGAGAAGAAGGUAGUUUCAAGGCCUUUAAAGAUUUUAUCAAUGAGAACCAGUUGAUGGAAGUAGGCUUUGAGGGUCACCCUUGGACUUGGUGCAACAAUUGGGAAGGCGAAGGAGAAAUUAAGCAAAGACUGGACAGAGGGUUAUGUAGCUUUCCUUGGUACCAAACUUUUGAUAAGGUCAGCUGCAAACACUUGAACUCAUUUGCCUCAGACCACAGCAUGUUGAUGUUUGACACCAAACCAGGUCAGGAUAGGAGAAAGAAAAGGUUUUACUUUGAUAAAAGGUGGCUCCAAAAUGGAGAGAUCAAUGAGAUUGUAGAGCAGGCUUGGAAACAAGGAGAUGAAGGCACAAAGAUGUACAGAGUAACACAGCAGAUUAAGAGGUGCAGAACUGCACUGCUAAAAUGGAAAAAUAAGCUCCAAAGUAAUUCGAAGAUUAACAUUGAAAGGAUCAAGAGACAAUUGCAUGCACUAAAAGAAAGUGACAUAGGUGACAAGAAGAGCAAGGGGAAACUUCUGAAGAGUAGGUUAAGAGAAGCCUAUAGAGAGGAGGAGGAUAGAAGGAGGAAAAACAGAAUUGCGGAUAUCCAGAAAGAGAAUGGAACUUGGACUAAGAAUGAAGAGGAGUUAAGUGCUGAAAUUGCCAGUUACUAUAGGGACCUCUUCAAAACAUCAGAGGAAGGAGACAUGGAGGAAAUUCUGAGUGGUAUACCUCACACUAUCUUAGGAAGUAUGAAUGAUAGGCUGACAAAACCUGUAGAUGAGGAAGAGAUCAAAUAUGCCAUUUUCUCUAUGAAUCUAGACAAAGUCCCUAGAAUAGAUGGGAUGCCUCUUAUCUUUUUCCAGAAGUUUUGGAACAUUGUUAAGAAAAACUUAAUCAGUGCUAUUCAAACAUUCUUUCAUACUGUUCAUCUCAUCAAGUCAAUCAACCAUACAGUUAUCUCUCUCAUUCCCAAAGUCAUGAACCCCACAUCCCUUAAGCACUAUAAGCAUAUUAGUUUGUGCACAAUUGUGUAUAAAAUCAUAGCUAAAGUCCUUGCUGAUAGACUGAAGCAGGUUCUCCAUUUCUGUAUCAGUAAGAACCAGUCAACCUUUAUUGUUGGAAGGCAAAUCGUAGAUAAUAUUAUGAUUUCCCAUGAGUUCUUAUAUUAUCUAAAAAACAAAAGGCUAGGGAAAGAUGAUUUUAUGGCUGUAAAAUUGGAUAUGUCAAAAGCUUAUGACAGGGUUGAAUGGAGGUUCUUGGAAGCAGUGAUACAGAAAAUGGGAUUCAAUGACAAAUGGAGAAGGUGGAUCAUGGAAUGCUUGUCAACAGUUUCUUAUUCCUUCACAAUCAAUAGCGAGGUAGACCCUCAGAAUGCAGUUGAGCUUAGGAGAUUACUUCAAGUGUAUGAGAAAGGAACAGGACAGAAGAUUAACAUAGAAAAGUUCUCAGUUUUCUUUAGCAGAAAUGUGAAACAUGAGACAAAGCAGGAUACUAGUCAAGCACUGGGAGAUAUUCAGCUGGUUAAUCAAGGGCAAUACCUGGGGUUUCCAAUGGUGGUCACUAGAACCAAGCAACAGCUAUUUGGGUACAUCAAAGAUAACAUUCAACAGAGGUUAAAGAAGUAA